UGACGGGCAGCCGGCAGUCUGCUACCAUGGAGGACACGCCCGCCUGCAACACUCGCCAGCCCUGCCCCCGCUCGCCCUGCAUCCGUCGCACGCGCCCAACGCGCCCUCUGCCCGCCGGCCACCGCUGGGCCCCCGUCUGCUGCUGCACCCGCGGCCAAUCCCUGCCCGCGGCGCACCGCAAUGCCUGAGCGGGCGUCACAAAUCGCAACCUACGCGGCCGGCGCCUCGCUCGCCGCCAUCACGCUCGUCUACGUCUUCGGGCCCACCUUCUUCCUCGACGACGAGGCCACCAGCAGCAGCACCAAGAAAAAGGGCGUCGUCGGGCUCAGCAAUGCCGCCAACGACUGCUUCAUCAACUCGGUGCUGCAGGCCCUCGCCGGCCUGCCCGACCUGCGCAUCUACCUGAUCCGCGAGACCCACCGCCGCAAGCUGGACGCCCCGGAGGUGUACUUGGUUGAUCCGGCGCAGCCGAGUGCCGACGCCGCGCCCGCCCGCCCGGGGAAGCUCGAGGGUCUGCAGAAGGGGCUGCUGACGUACGGCCUCAAGGAGAUGCUCGACCGCCUGAACGAGCGCCCCAUCUACAAGAAGACCAUCUCGCCGCAGUCCUUCAUCCGCGCCCUCGAGCACGCCUUUGGCACGCGCAUCAGCCGCCAGCAGCAGGACGCCCAGGAGUUCCUGCAGAUCGUCACCGAGCGCCUGUGCGACGAGUACCACGCGGGGACCAAGGCCAGGCGACACGCAUUCCUCCACGGCAUCACCUUGGAGAGCGGGGAGGGCGCACCGGCGCGGCACGAUCUUGAGGAGCAGCCGAACGAGGCACCGCACAGCCACAACGAUGACGAGCAUGCCCCCCUGUCCGACGAAGAGGGCUUCCCGUUCGAGGGCAGGAUCGAGUCCCAGAUCGAGUGUCUGACGUGCCACUUCAAGCCGAAGCCCUCGUCCUCGGCGUUUGUGACCUUGACCCUCAGCGUGCCGCAAGCCUCGUCGGCCACCCUCAAUGCCUGCUUCGACGGCAUGCUGAAGGUCGAGCACAUUGACGACUUCAGAUGCGAGUGGUGUCGACUCGACCACGCCGUGAAGAGCAAAGAGAAGGCCCUUGAGACUGCCACAGACCCUGACAUCAAAGCGCGGUUGACGUCUGACAUCGCCAAGAUCAAGCAGGCCCUCGAGGACGACCCUGAAAACCCACCCGAGGACGUCGAGUUUCCAGACUCGAAACUGGUGCCAAAACGCCGCAUAGCGCGUCACAUGUAUAUAUCGCUAUUUCCCAAGGUCCUUGCUAUCCACCUUUCGCGAUCCAUGUUCGCCGUUGGAUCCGUCUCGACGAAAAAUUUGGCCAAGGUCUCGUUCCCGGAGUCGUUGCCGCUUGGCGGUCUGCUGCAUCGCAAGAACUACAAGCUGCUCGGCAUGGUCACACACAAGGGCAGCCACAACAGCGGACACUACGAGUCGUUCCGCCGUCAGGUGCAGCCCAUACCCUUCUCCACCCCUGCUUCGUUCGGCCUCGAAGGCGCAUACAGUCGCCAAGCGAGCCCGCUGCCAUCUGCUGCCGCUUCAGCGAUGCAGAGCCCCCGGCUGUCCUACACACACUUGGACGGCGCCAGCGACCCUGCAUCGCCCAUUCCCUCGCACCUGACACUGGACUCGCCAUCCCUACAGUCGCUGUCAUCGAAUUCGUCGCAGAGUACAGCCGGCCCGCGCGGACCAGCACCGACAUCUGCGCCCCGGACUGACAGCGACUCACUCCACCCAUCGCCCGCAUCCGGGGAGUCAAAGCUAUCGCGAACACAGAGUCUGCGAUCGAUGAAAGACAAGGCAUCAGAGAAGGCGCAGUCAAUGGUCGAGAACAGCCCCCUCAAGCGCAAGUCCAGGCGCACAGUCAACCGCUGGUGGCGCAUCAGUGAUGACAAGAUCAAGGAGAGCAAGACGAGCGAGGUGCUUGGCAUGCAGAAGGAGGUGUAUCUGCUCUUCUACGAGCUCGACCGGUGACGGCAUACCGAGAGGUCAUUUCUUACUGCAUAUAACGGCGGCUUUCAUACAUGCAUUUCCCCAUCUAGACUUAGACUAGAUCACUUUCGCUCUCAUCCAGCGGCGCUGUAGUUGGUACGAUAAGGCUAAGGCGCUAUUAAUCAUCAUUGAUCUCAUUGGUCAAUGCCACAUGUAUACAACCUCCACAUGUACACCUCGAGCCUUGUGAGCAGACGCCAUAGGCGAUCGUUGACUGA